UCGGGGAGGCUCGCGCCAUGGAUCCCGGGCAGCAGCCGCCGCCUCAGCCGGCGCCCCAGGGCCCGGGGCAGCCGCCCGCGCAGCCCGCUCCGGGCCAGGGCCCGCCGUCCGCUCCCGGGCAGCCGGCUCCCCCGGCGUCCCAGGCGGCGCCGCAGCCGCCCCCCGCCGGCCACCAGAUCGUGCACGUCCGGGGGGACUCGGAGACAGACCUGGAGGCGCUCUUCAACGCCGUCAUGAACCCCAAGACGGCCAACGUGCCCCAGACCGUGCCCAUGAGGCUCCGGAAGCUGCCCGACUCCUUCUUCAAGCCGCCAGAGCCCAAAGCCCACUCGCGACAGGCCAGUACCGAUGCAGGCACAGCCGGAGCCCUGACUCCACAGCAUGUUCGAGCUCAUUCCUCUCCUGCGUCCCUGCAGCUGGGAGCUGUUUCUCCUGGGACAUUGACCCCCACUGGAGUAGUCUCUGGCCCAGCAGCUACACCCACUGCUCAACACCUUCGCCAAUCUUCUUUUGAGAUACCUGAUGAUGUACCUCUGCCAGCAGGGUGGGAGAUGGCCAAGACAUCUUCUGGUCAGAGAUACUUCUUAAAUCACAUCGAUCAGACAACAACAUGGCAGGACCCCAGGAAGGCCAUGCUCUCUCAGAUGAAUGUUACAGCCCCUACCAGUCCACCAGUGCAGCAGAAUUUGAUGAACUCAGCCUCAGGUCCUCUCCCUGAUGGAUGGGAACAAGCCAUGACUCAGGACGGAGAAAUUUACUAUAUAAACCAUAAGAACAAGACCACUUCUUGGCUAGACCCAAGACUUGACCCUCGUUUUGGUAAAGCCAUGAACCAGAGAAUCAGUCAAAGUGCUCCAGUAAAACAGCCACCCCCCUUAGCCCCCCAGAGCCCACAGGGAGGUGUUAUGGGUAGUAGCAACUCCAACCAACAACAGCAGAUGCGUCUCCAACAACUGCAGAUGGAGAAGGAAAGACUUCGGUUGAAACAGCAAGAGCUGCUUCGGCAGGUGAGGCCACAGGCAAUGCGGAAUAUCAAUCCCAGCACAGCAAAUUCUCCAAAAUGUCAGGAAUUAGCGCUCCGUAGCCAGUUGCCCACCCUGGAGCAGGAUAGUGGGACUCAAAAUCCAGUGUCUUCUCCCGGCAUGUCUCAGGAAUUACGAACAAUGACGACCAAUAGUUCAGAUCCCUUUCUUAACAGUGGCACCUAUCACUCUCGAGAUGAAAGUACAGACAGUGGGCUAAGCAUGAGCAGUUACAGUGUUCCUCGGACUCCAGAUGACUUCCUAAACAGUGUCGAUGAAAUGGAUACAGGUGAUACUAUCAACCAAAGCACUCUGCCCUCACAGCAGAACCGAUUCCCAGACUACCUUGAAGCCAUUCCUGGAACCAAUGUGGACCUUGGAACACUGGAAGGAGAUGGAAUGAACAUAGAAGGAGAGGAGCUGAUGCCCAGUCUGCAAGAAGCUUUGAGUUCUGACAUCCUUAAUGACAUGGAGUCUGUUUUGGCUGCCACCAAGCUAGAUAAAGAAAGCUUUCUUACAUGGUUAUAGACCCCUCAGGUAGACUGAAUCUAAAUCUGUGAAGGAUCUAAGGAGAUAAGACAUGUAUACCUGAAAUUUCCAAAUAAGCCCGUAAAAUUUUUCUGGCUAAUACAGAAAAAGAUGAACAAACGUCCAGCAAGAUUCUCUCAUCCAUUAUUUUGCUCUUCCUUGUCCAUUGCUGCUGUUAAUAUAUUGCUGACCUCUUUCACAGUUGGCCCUAAAGAAUCAAAAAGAUGUUUUUUUGUUUCUUUUGCUACUAUAACUACUGUUUGUUUUGGAGGCUGGGGGAAAUGAGCCUGUUUGGAUGAUGGAUGUCAUUCCUUUUGCCCAAUUAGAUGUUCGCUGUUCAUUGUACGCUAUUCAGAAUGCUUCAUGUCACAACAUUUUGUUUGUUCAAGUAGCUGUUUCUUCAGCUGCCUUUGGCUAGUGGCAGACGUGCCUUCUGGUCUGACAAGCCAAAAAUGUUGUAUCUGGUAUUUUCAUACUUAAUGCUAAUUUGAAGAGAUAGCUUAAACCAAGGCUGAAGACUGUUUUAUUUCAGUAGGUUUUUGUUUUGUUUUGUUUUUGUUUUUGUUUUUGUUUUUCUUAUUACUAUCAUUAGUCACAUAGUGACCUUGAUUUUAUUUUAGGAACUUAUAAGGCAUGAGUCAAUUUCCAUAGAAAUAUAUUAAUUAUUGCCACAUACUCUAGUAUAGGUUUGGGUGGACAUUUUUGUGGGUGUUUUAUUUUUUUGUUUGAUUUCUUUUGGGGAGUGUUUUAAUUUUUUUUUUCCAGAACCUAGGCAAAUUAUUAUAUUAGUGAAUCUGUUUAUAGUUGUAGCUUGAGGAAGUUAUUGUAGUUCAGUAAAACCUAUAUUUCCUGAUUUUUGCCAUCUUAUUUAAAUCUUGAUUACCUGCUUUUUCUAUAUAUUCACACACACUUAUAAUGUUUAUAAUAGUGUGAUAGCAGAAUGUAUCUUUUUUAGGCUUCCCUACUUUCCAAUUUAUUUUUUAAGUGGUAGCUUUGAAAGUAUCCAUUUAGAAUACAUGGCUAGUAGUUUAUAUUUCACAAGUAGUUUAAUACUGGUUGGGGAAAUCUACAGAUGUUUGAGGUAGUUUAGUAUUCUAGAAAAGGUAUUACUAUGGAUAGUGUCUAGAAGAGUACUUGACACUCUCUGGACCCAUGAUAAAUAUUAUCUGAUGAAUUGAAAAGGAGCAAACAAGAAAUGGCUUAAUCUCCCCUUAGACUCAUUUGAAUUGAUAGAAAUACUGAGCAGUUUUAUAAUGUACAUGGCAGAAGUAAGCUUUAUAGUGGUUCUCCUUCUAUUGGCUCUGAAAGUUUUACCUUAGUUUUGGAAGUAAAUUCUAAGCUUUAGUUCUGAUUUGUAAUGAACACAAUAAAUACUAGUAGGUUGAGAUGAGACUUUAUAAGACUUGCUCCUACUUUUGUAUGCUAAAAAUUGACCCUAGGUAGCAUGUAGAAUACUGUAAGAUCAUGAGUUAGCUGGUGAAGCAAUCAGAUUCAUAAAUGUAUAUUGGUAGCUGAAUUUAGCAAAGAUAGAGAUAAUCAUGAUUAUACCUUUAUUUUUACAGGAAGAGAUAUAACUAGAGUAUGUGUCUACAGAAGUAAUAAUGGCUUCCAAAGAGUAUUUUUUAAAAGGAACAAAAUGAGUAUGAAUUAACUCUUCAAUAUAAGCUAUGAAGUAGUAGUUGGUUGUGAAUUAUAGUGGCACCAGCUAGCCCCUCUAUGAUUUAAAGGUCUUUCCGUGCUUCUAAAAUAAGCCCUUAUUUUCAAGGGUUUGUAACAGACAAAUUCUCUUUUCCUGGCUAAAGCUGCUAUGAAAAGCCUCAGCUUGGGAAGAUAGGGUUUUUGGGAUUUGGGUGGGUUUUUUUUUUUUUUUUCCAGUUAUAAAAUCUAAUUAUUUUGACUUCAGUUUGGAAGAGUACAAAAGUGGAAGAAAGAAGUUUUAUUUUAAAUACUUACAGUGCUCAAAAAUAAUGCAAUCACUGUAUUGUAUAUAAUGAUUCAUAAGUUCAUCAUUCAUCCUAAUUGACUCUACAGAAUUUGUUUUAAAAACAGCAAAAAGAUUUUCUCUUAAAUUAAGUCUAGGGGGAUAUGGCCACUGUGCAGAUGUAUUGAGUUUUAGAACAAUAAUGAAAUUCUGCGUAGAAUACAAAAUUGAGCACAUGAGUGAUACAGAAUGUUGUGAUGGUUGUUAAUGUGCAGAAGAUCAAAGCUACUUAAGAGUGUCUACAGUUUGCCAGUAAGAUACAAAUUAAGAUCGCAUCUUAUAUAUCCAGCAGAGUAGCUUUAGUUUAACAGGAGGGUGGGAAGGUGGGUGUGGGUUGUGCAGAGUUAAUGGGACCUUGAUAGAAAACUAUAAACAUCUGUCUCCUUAGUAAAUACUUGUCUUGCAUCUUGCUGUCAUUAAAGGCAGUUGUUCCUAAAAUUUCAGUCACUUAAACACACCCAUUAAGCAAAGAAUAUAUUAUCUUCAUUACCCAUGGACUUAUUGCUCAAUUUAUACCUCAGUGUUGUAGCAGCACUCUGUUCCUGACACAGUGCUUUGAUCUUGUAAUGUCCUUUGUACUGACCUGAAAGAGACCUAAAAGUCCUUUCUCCUUUUGAGUUUGAAUCACAGCCUUAAUGUGGUCUUUCUUGCUUUAUGUCCUUUUUCCUAAUGUAAAAGUGUUUUAAUGCUUCUUGGUUGUAUUGGGUAGCAUGGGGAUAAGAUUUUAACUGGUUAUUCUUGAAUUGCUUUUACAAUAAACCAAUUUUAUAAUCUUUAAAUUUA